AGCGUGGUCAAGAAGUGUUGUGUUUGCUUUAGUUUUAGCCUAAAACUGAUGCGUCGACCAUCUAGGAUGAGGUCGUUAGCACUGUUGGUAACAUUUGGCAGCCUGUGUGCCACACUGGUUCUGGCAGACGAAUCGGUUGCAGUCCGCGUGAAACGUAGUCCGACUCCGUUCUUCUUCAACAAAGGUCACGACGAGCACCACCACCCGGAACCGAAGUGUGUGUGGGAGAAAAAGCUAGGCUGGAAGGAGGACUGGAAGAAGGUCUGGGAAUCGAAGAAGAUCGAAGUGUGGAAGUCCGAAUGGAAGAAGGAGCAGAUCCCCGUCUGGAAGAAGAUCGAAGUGCCGAUCUGGCGCGAGAUUAAGGUUCCCGACUGGAAGAUUGUGAAAACGCCUUACUGGAAGGAGACCGAGAUUCCAGCCUGGAAGGAAGUCAAGGUGCCUGACUGGAAGAAGGUGACGAAGCCGGUCUGGAAGGAGGUACAGGUCCCAGUGUGGAAGGAAGUUCAGGUUCCUGAGUGGAAGCAGAUCUGGGUACCGGACACCGUGAAGGUGGGCAUUCCGGGCGAGAAAUUCCUGGGUAAGGAUGAACACGGUUGGGAGUACACUAGCCACGAUCUGUGGAAGAAAAAGAUGGUCUGGAAGCCCCUGUGGAAGAAGGUGUGGAAGACCGAGAAGAAAGAGGAGUGGAAGACUGAGAAGAAGCUGGAAUGGAAGGACGAGUGGGUUCAGGUAUGGCGCACGGAAAAACAGCAGAUCUGGGUAAAGAAGAAGGAAGAAGCGUGGAAGGAAGAUAAGGUUGAAGUGUGGCGCAUUGAGAAGAAACAGGAGUGGGCUACCGAGAAAAAGUUAGAAUGGAAGGAUGAGUGGAAAGAAAUUAAGGUCCCAGCCUGGAAGGAAAUUCAGGUGCCCGCAUGGAAGAAGGUGUGGAAACCUGUUUGGGAGAAGGUCUGCGUCCCAGUCAGCCACGGAUGGCAUUAGUCUUGUAGCUUAGGGAUUUAGGAUUUAAAAUUUAAUUAGUCUCGUAUCACAUAAACGGAUAGGCUCCUCUAUCUUAAGCUAUACCUUUCUCUUCACCUCUGUCGGAGUAUUUACAUCCAAAGAAAUAGAAAAAAAAAGCGCAGCUCUGAACACGAUAGAGUCAGAGGCAAAGAUCGCUAAUUUUUGAAUUUCAAAUUACACAUAGACGCCAUACAACUACUUGCACCUUGGUUGCAACUCCACAUCUUUGCAAUUGCUCAUCUUUGCGAGGCGCAAUAAUAAUGUUUCUACUACACUUCGCGCAGUUUAUGUAAAUACUUUCAGCGCAACUAGUCUAUUAUCUCACACUACUUCCCAAGCCAAAAUAUUUCUUCCCCUGCCAACCGAAGCGUCUCGCAUUGAAAAAAUAUGGUGUAAUAGUUUCCUAUAUUUGUUUGCAAUGAAAAGUUAUUAACUGUAAUUUUCGGUCAAUUUCCAUUUUUUGUCCGACUGCAUACUCCCAACAUCCGGAGCUGCUCGGUUACAUCUUAUCCGUACCCCUUGAUUUAAUUUAUCUUUUCGGACGGUGUGAGCCAAAUAACUGCUGAUGAUUUGUCAUACCUUCACCUAAUCACGUGACAAAUGCAUUCAAUACUAACGGAAUCAGUCGUGAUUCAACCAAAAAAAGUCGUUAACGGGGCCCGUCCCGUAAACUCCUCGGCUAUUGUUUGGUAGCAAAGCAAUCCGCUACUUGUGUGUGAAGUUAAACGCAAUUGAAGCUGUAAUAGAUUCGGAACGCGAGAGGCAAUCCGAAGUGACAAUUAACGGUCAUCGUUCAUUACAUUUAGGAACAGUUCUAUUUAUCCCAAAACAUCAGUUCAAGUUCCGCAAAACCCUGAACAAUAAGGGGCACAAGUAAUACAUUUAAAUCCAAUGCCGGAUAAAGUUUCCCAUGGUUCUUUUUUCUUUUUCAAGUAGACAAAACUAAGCAAUUGUAAAGUCCGGCCAACAUCAAGAGCUCAGGGAAAACACCUUCGAGCUGAUUUUAUAUUUACUAUGAGGGAAUAAUUACGCGCGCGAAACUGGCGAAGCGCUUCAGCCGAAAGGGAACUUUCCAUCUUUCUUGCUCUCGUUGAAGUCACUGGCUGAUACGGUUUCGGAAUUGGGUGCACAAAAUGUAGUAAAUAGUACGUGUAUAGAUAUAUGAAGUCAAUCCGGAAGCUGCGGUAGCGGAACAACAGCUCUGUUGAGGCAGGCGGCUCGGUAAAAUGGGAAAAAGGUAGGAAAAUCAAUUGGCUGUAUAUGGUGCGUCGGAGCUAAACGAAUUAGGAAGAAUCGGAGGCCGCAAAGAGUGUAAGGAAAAUAAAGCGGUGCGUAUAUGAACUUCCACUGCAAGGUCUAGUUUUUACCAUCAGAUACAUAGUAAAGCGAUCGUGAAAGUGAAGUAAUUUUAGUUUCUGAUUUAUUUUUGUAUAUUUUCAUACAAAAAGCAAAUUAUGAAUAAUGUAUUUAACAACGAACGGAGAAACUUGCUGGUGUAACUCUUAUUAUUAUUUUUCCUAACGAUACUAUCAUGUUUUUUGACUGUCCUAUUUUUUAUGAAAUCGAAUACCAUUUGCGAACGAAAACUGUUGGAAGAAAAUCUGUACAUAUUAAAUGUAACGAGUUAAUUAUUUUGUAAAUAGACUUUCAAAUCGUGAAUGAAUCAAACAA